CUACUUCUCUUCGAAUUCUCAUUGUUUUGUGUGGCGCAUAUAUAUUGGCGCUCUCUUGUACCAAUAUUUAUGUUCAAAUAAAUAAAUAAAUAAAUAAAUAAAGCAAACGUUGAAAAUUACCGGCCUAUAAACAUAACUUCAGUGGUAUCCAGAGUGAUGGAAAAAGUAGUUAAGGCGGCUGUAGUCCAACAUCCACUAACUAAUAAUCUCAUCUCGACCUCCCAGCAUGGAUUUCUUAGGUCUAGAUCAUGCGACACAUGCCUAGUAGACUACCUGAAUGAUAUAACUCUGAAACGAGACAGCGGACUCCUUGUAUCAGUCCUAUUCCUAGACUUUAAGAAAGCCUUUGAUAAGGUCCCACACAAAAGGCUACUCGUCAAACUAAAGUCCUUCGGAAUACACAACCCACUGUACUCAUGGUUUGAUUCGUUCUUAACAGAACGUAAACAGAUGGUAAAGUACAAUGACUGUCUCUCGUCCCCUAGACCAAUCACCAGUGGAGUCAUCCAGGGAAGGGUAUUAGGUCCACUUUUGUUUCUUAUGUAUAUAAACGAUAUAUGUAACACCAUAGAAUUUGGGAAACCGUACUUAUAUCCUGAUGAUCUCAAAAUAGUAUACGGCUAUAAGCCUGAGACACUAAGCGAAAGUGUAUCCCAGAUCCAAAAGGACCUCAAUAACUUAACUAUAUGGAGUGAAAAAUGGCAAUUACCGUUUAACCUCAACAAGUGCGGGAUCAUGCACUUUGGAAAGCAUCCCUAUAAACCGCGACUUCACUUAAAUGAAUGUAGAGUCCAAACACUCGAAUCAGUACACGACUUAGCAAUUAAUUACACAGGAAGCCUGAACUUUGAAGAACAUGCCUCCUCUAUUAUUUCUAAAUCUAGACGGCUAAUUGGUUUUAUAAUGAAAAACUUUUUCACAACAGAGAUAAGAGUAGAAGAUGUUCAAAGACGUUUCACACGUCAACUACUAGGAUGUAACUCGAAUCUCGAUUACCCAGACAGAUGUAAGCAUCUAUCUUUAGAACCUUUAUGGCACCGUAGGCUAAAAACCAAUUUAAUAUUUCUCUACAAAGCGAUAUAUGGGCUCCUUUCUAACCUCCUGCCCGACUAUCACCCACAACCCAGCCUAUAGACUUAGAAACAACGCAUAUACACUACUUACCGUAAAACACCAAAAACAAAUGCGUUGUAAGUUCUUUACAGUACGGUACAGUUUAUUGUGGAACAGGCUGCCAAUGCCUAUCCGUAACUGUGAUACGUCUACCAGAUUCCAAAAGCUAAUAACCCUAUUUCUAGACUCCAAAGAGCUUCAACAUUUCCUUGAACUCCCGCCCACCAAUGAGGCACUUUAUUACGGACCGCCUAGUAUCUAGAAAGAACAAAAUUAUAACAAGUUCGACUGUUACAAAUAUGAAUAUAACCAGAUCACAGAAUAUAUGGCUUGUCCUUUCCUAUUAUUUAUUGUUUAUUAAUCAUGACUUCAUGCUCCUAACCCUAGCCUUCAGUCCCCAAAUCUCUACAGGUUAAAUGUACAUUAUUCUUUCUAAAAGUCAUGCCUUCUUUUCUACUGCAAGUAGACAGAUAGCUCAAUCUUAUGGAUGCUGAUCUACUAAGGCCGAUCAUUCAAAGCUCAAAAUCUGGCUACAAAGUCUUGUGAGUUUCUCAAUGUUUUAUUUGUCUUACCCUGAAAUCUUUCUUUUUCUACAAAUUUAUACCCUCAUAUCUUUUGAUUUACUAUUAGUCCUUACUUCUUUAAACCAUUAGUUAUUUUCAUAGCAGUGUGAUAUACUAUAUGGACAUCUAACCCAUAAAAGACUUUUCAGCUAUCUGAUUUGCUUGUAACAUGGACCUAUUAGAGACAGUGUAUUCCAACUAUGGGCUUUGAUUAAAGCAGUAUUCAUACUUACCACAAACGUAAGAGAGCCUAACAUCACAAAAGAAGGGAGGGUGGCGUUACUGACCAGAAAACAUGAUGGUGGGGAGAUAAAUUCAAUCCACCCAUGUCUGUAGGGCAGAACAUUUUGUUUAAUUACGGCUCCUUAUGGUUUAGAGUGAUGUCACGGACUUAUGGUAUUGAAGCUGAUUUAUCACGCAAAAUACCUCUUUAAAUCGUGUUACGAACGUUGAAUU